GGUAAGUUUCAUAGUGUCGGAUAAGUCGUCUCUCUCUCUCUCUCUCUCUCUCUGCGUUACACGCACAUCUCUGUGUUGGCGGUCAGAUCGAUUUCUGCGGCAAAAAACCUACGAAAAUGCAGGAGAAGAAGGCAGAUUCAUCGUCUUCCAGCAAGAAGAGUGCCAAAAAAGCGAACCUCUUAGAUCACGGAUCCAUCAAGCACAUCCUCGACGAGACCGUUUCCGAGAUCGUGACUAGCAAGGGCUACACUGAAGAUGUGAGGCUGAGCAAUGUUAGAUUGUUGCUAGGGGUCGUUAUCAUCACAAUCGCCCUCUUCGCUCAGUUCUACAACAAGAAAUUUCCAGAAAAUCGGAAUUUUCUCAUUGGCUGCAUAAUAUUAUAUCCUUUUUCUGAUCACUUUUUUUCUGAACUGACUUCCAUUUCUGUCUUUCUGUGUUUGUGCUUGGUCUUUUUUAUCAGUGAGAAAAUUGUUUAACAAAUUUUACUUGUAAUCUGUAUGGUAUAGGAUAGGAAAUGGGUUACCCUUUUGAGAAUCAUUCAUCUGAAUCAUGAUACAAGUAGUUUCGAUUUAAUUACUUCUGUGGUUGGGCUUUCUAUAUGUUUAAUCUUGACUAUGGCAAGUAUGUUAUAGCCAAUGCGGUUCUGCAGCUGAUAGUUUACACCAAGGAAAAGAAUGCCAUUCUGUUCACUUAUCCUCGAGUUGGAUCUUUCAAUAGUACUGGCUUAGUGGUAUCCUCAAAGCUGCCUAGAUUCUCAGAUAUGUACACACUGACAAUAGCAAGUGCAGAUCCCCAGUCAAUCUCAGCAAAAUCUCCUGUGGAGAUCACAAAGAGCGUUACACAAUGGUUUACAAAGGAUGGAGUUCUUGUGGAGGGAAUCUUUUGGAAAGACGUUGAAGCACUAAUCAACGAUUAUGCCCAAGAAAGCAAAAAGAGCAAGUGAUAGAGUCUCAUAGCCAGCGCGGAGAUAGAAAGCAUCUUGUUGGUAGCACAAUGAUGCCUGCCACAAGAUGUUUGGGCUAUGGCAUCUUGGACCUUAUUAUGAUUUAUAUAGAUGAAUUUGAUCGGGUAUAUUAGGCAUAUUUCUAAUAUACUCCAUCAAUAUGCAUUGUAAUUCUUAUUUAAUUUAUCAAAAUUUGUCUAUUUUGGGCCUUUGCAUAAAAAUAUUUUGUAAUAAUAUUUUCUUUACCCU